UCAUAGCUGGCCACUGGCGCAUGUGGCGCGUCUUGCCAGUUUGUGGUCUUGCGUGUCUUGCUUCCUUGGAACUGAUUUGAACCAAAUUGAACCUCGCCGUCCUGGGUGCCUGAGCAGCCGGGACCGAGAUUUCUAUGCGAGCAUGUUCACGUUACUCGAGAGAUCUUUUGACUCCAAACAGUCGCCCAAGAGCAAACUCAAUUUCCUCGAAGCUUCAUACGCCUGCUCCGACUACUUCGGCCAGGCUGACAUCACUCCAAAGUUUGUUGCAGCCAAAGUCAAAACUCUCCUGCAGUCUCACAAAACCAGCUACGAUGGCCUUCUCCUGCUGGACUGCUACCUGAGUUCCUUUCCCACCCAUGUGGCAGAAACAGAUGGCGUGUUUUGGACACGUUCAGUGAUACACCUGCUCGCGCAGGGCAAGCGGCAUGGCCAGCGCGCAGCAGCCUGGCGCGUGCUCGAGCGUCUGCUUCGUCUGCUGGCGGACCAGCCAGACCAGGCCAAGGAGGCAGCCAACCUGAUCCCUGCCCUCAUGGAGAAGAUCUGCGUGGAGGUCUCUGCACAGGACAGGGAGCCUGAGGAAGGUGCUCUGAGGUGCCUGCUUAUUUGCAUGAAGGACUACGGAAGGCUGCUGGGCUCAAUACAGGAUGCCUUGGAGAAGUUCCUCCUGAGGCUCUUGGUCAGCUGGAACUCGCAGACCAUUCAGGAGCUGGUGUGUGAGUGUGUCUCACUGCUGCCAGCCUGCCGUCGUGGGGGCCCUAAGGCGGCAGAGGCCUGGCUGAAGCAGGUGCAGCGUCUGCUCGUCACAGCCCACGUUUCACUGGACAAGCUCUUCGAAGACUUGCACCAGGUGAAGAGCAGGGGCUCGCUGAUGAACACUCUUCCAUUGGAGAUGCCUCUUGGCAGUGAAGACAGCCACCAGGGGACCCUGCUCUGCUGGAGGAGGAUCGUCGGCAUCAUCCGCACCAUCUGCUUCAUGCUCGGAGGCAACUUCCACCAGACAGUCAGUGUCCCGACCGAAGACAUCCUUCAUUUGCUGCAGAGAGUCCUGGAAACUCGCAUGCCAGUCAUGGGCACUGGAGCGACGGCGCAAGCCAACCUGGUGGCAGCCAUCUUGCCUUCAAUACAAUAUGAAGCAGUGCAGCUGUUGUGCCAACUCAUGAGAAGCUGCCGCCAGGUGCUGCUUCGAGAUGCGGGAAUCAUCACCGAGCUCAUCGAGGACGUCAUCCUAAGGACAAGGCAGGACUCUUCCUGCGACAUGAGGAAGCUGCGUCAGGCCGGCUACGGGGCCCUCUGCCUGUGGCUCCAGACGAUGAGGACCGGUGUGGGCCUCCGAGGCUCCCUGGGCAAGCUGCUGCCAGUCAUGCUGCAGGACGCCGAGUCCGUCGGCGCAGCCACCGUGGAGCUGAGCUCUCGAAACAUCAAGCACCAGGAGUCUAGGAAAGGCCACGUGAAAGUGCAGGAGAGCCUUCAGCCAGAGGUCAGGGCACAGCUGUGCGAGCAAGCCCUCAAAGCUCUCUCGGCUUUGAUCUCUACGUACGGAACUGUGAUGGAGCCUGAUGCCCUGCGGGAGGUGCAGAGCAGCGUAAUUCACCUCUUGCUGCGGAUUCAGCAGCAGCUGCAGCAGGGGUCACUCGACGCUCUGUGCCAGCCCUACCACUCCCCGUCCUGCCGUCAGGCCCUGUACGCACUACUGCUGACCCUGCUGGUCCACCCACACCCGGGCUGUCCCCCCACACUGAGCUGCACCGUGCGACUCUUCAGUGCCGGUCAGAGGGACUCCUGCAUCCAGGUUGCUGAGUUGUGCCGUCAGGGCCUGGCUUGCUGCAGCCUGGCAAUGCACCCACGGGGGUCCGCCUUCAGGCAGGAAGCAGCCCCCGCAGAGCCCCUGCGCUGCAACAGGGCCCCCUGGAGGCUGAGGGACGCCGCCUGCCAGACAGCGGUCAAGACUGCUGCCCCUGCAGGCACCCAGACCACGCCGCCGGCCACACCAGUGCCCACGCCAGUGCCCACGCCGAUGAUGGUGCUCCCCCAGAAGAGGAGGGUCUUGACCCCCUACAGGGCGGCUAAGAGGGACCCCGGCAACGUGUACCAAGCUCUCAGCGACGAAGAGGAACUGCUCUCGGAUGCUGACGAAGACUACCUCGAGCUGCGGGGCCACGGCCGAGACUCGAGAACGCUGCAGGGCCCCAGGGUCAACGGCCAGGGAAACAACGCCCACCACCCGCUCAACGCCGCGGCCACGCCGGCCAACGUCGCCGGCCGCGCCCCGAAGUAUGUCAACGCGGAAGACAGCACGGAAGACGAAGAGUGCUCUGACGAGGAGGACUUUGACGAAGACGACGAAGAAGGCGACUACAUGGAGGCAGAAGAAGAGCCGGAGCCCCAUGCGGAGCUGAUAGAGUUGGAGAGCGACGAAGCGCAGAACCACGGAAAGAGCGACGACGCAAUGGAGGAACGCGCCAGCUCGGACGCGGAGCAAGUCGCAUCUGAAGUCGACCCCGCAUCCGGAGUCGUGGGGGAAGAAGCGGCGGCGGUCGACACGAUUGUCGACGGAGACGUCGCGAAGGAGGACCGAGCGGAAGCGGUCUGCGGUGACUCCGACGUCACGACGCUCCACAUUGCGUCGACGUCGACGUUGGAGCAGGUCGAGAGCCGCGAGGCCGAGGCGGACUAUGUGGAGGGUGAGAGUGUGUGUGUCGUGUUGGAGAACCACGAGGAGGCUGCGGAAGAGGCGCUGCGGGAAGCGGAGGUCCUGGACGAGGCUGCCGCCGAGGCCAUCAUCGCCAAGGAGGCCAUCGUCGCCAAGGAGGCGUCGGCUCCGCACGAGGUUUGCGCCGUGGAGAGCAAGGAGGACGACAGCCCGGACGUCGACGGAAUGUUGAUGGACCUCGUGGACCGCGGCCACGACAAGUGAAUGCUUUGCGAUUUUCCGAUCUGAUUUGGUGGGGUUUGGUGCAUUUACCAGUCUCUCUCCUUUCCUUUUCGUAUUUGUUUUUUCGCACGUUCUUUCACAUUAAUAAACACUGAUUCAUCCUGUGG